UUUUAUUUAUAUCUUAUUAAUCCAUAUUAGUGCGGUAUAAUUCAUUAUUUUUAUUAGAAUACUGGAUUAUAUUGAAAAUAUUAUAAUCCAACAAAAUUUUAAAUUCUCUCUGUCAACAUUUUUGCAAUCAACACAAAAUCACAAAAUGUUUAUGACAUUUAGAUCAACAUUCGACCACGACUGUGCUAGGUUGCCAAUUUUUAUCGUAGGGUUUUCUGUUUCAAAUAUUGAUGUAAUUUAAAUAAAUCAAAAUAUCUUUGGAAUUUGAAAAUUUGUCAAAACAAGAUUAGUUGUCAUUCACGUUUAGUAUCGAAAAAUGGAUGUAACUUCUUAUUUUGAUAUUAAUAAUAUCACACAAAAAAGCGAUUUAGAAUUAAUCCAACAUUUGCAAAGUGUUUGAUUAAUUAAAAAACAGUUUAAGUGCAAAGAAAGACAGUGUCGCCGUUUAUGUACGGUGAGGUCAAUGGAGAGAUACAAAUCGUCGUCUUGGAAGCCAACUAGUCUAACCCACAAAUUUAACAAAAUGAGCUAAGUUCACAAUUUUUUUUAGAAUCCACUGAAUAAUAUGGUGGUCAUUAAAUCUAAGCCUAAAAAAAUUUUCUGGGCCUUAUAUAGAAAAUUGUUAAUAAUACCAAGCCACAUUGACAAAAGUGAUGAAAAAUUCUAUGCUGCAUCGUCUUGUUUGCCUCCAAAAUAAAAUGCUUCAUCGAAUAAAUAUUUCAGUGAUCAACUAGCCCAAGCGCACUUAGAAUGGUUGACCACUGCCACAUCUAUUGUACUGUGAGAUAAGACUCGAUUAGACUAUGUACUUCUAGGAAACAUAACAACAUUCUUGUGCGAUAAUCAUCAAGUGUCUCACUCGGUCCUGCACAAAUGCGUAAGAUAACACUGACUGACAAAUUUUUAACUGUUAGUUGAAUGCUAUUUUAUGUAGAGUGAGUAGUGAGCAGUCUGUUUUUCGUAUCUAUAUUAAGUUUUACUACAAGUUGUAAGUUUUGGUUUUCAAAAACAAGAAUAAAACAUGAAUAACAGUUCAACAUGGCAUAGAUCUGGCGCAAGUAUCAUUAGGUCAUCUCGUGUGAAAAAAAUGGUUGAAGCAGCUUUAUCACGACAAGAAAAUGUUCCUGGCCCAGAACAAAGUGAAAGAGUAACUGACUUCACAGUAUUGCAGAAUGUUCUGUCAGAGCGAAACGAGGACUUUCAGAAUCCAGAACAAAGUGAGACAGUAACUAACUUCACAGUAUUGCAGAAUGUUCUGCCAGAACGAAACCAGGAUUUUCAGAACCCAGAACAAAGUGAGACAGUAACUAACUUCACAGUAUUGCAGAAUGUUCUACCAGAACGAAACGAGGACUUUCAGAAUCCAGAACAAAGUGAGACAGUAACUAACUUCACAGUAUUGCAGAAUGUUCUGCCAGAACGAAACCAGGAUUUUCAGAACCCAGAACAAAGUGAGACAGUAACUAACUUCACAGUAUUGCAGAAUGUUCUACCAGAACGAAACGAGGACUUUCAGAAUCCAGAACAAAGUGAGACAGUAACUAACUUCACAGUAUUGCAGAAUGUUCUGCCAGAACUAAACCAGGAUUUUCAGAACCCAGAACAAAGUGAGACAGUAACUAACUUCACAGUAUUGCAGAAUGUUCUACCAGAACGAAACGAGGACUUUCAGAGCCCAGAACAAUGUAAAACAGUAACUGACUUCACAGUAUUGCAGAAUGUUUUGUCAGAGCGAAACGAGGACUUUCAGAACUCAGAACAACGCGAAACAGUGACUGACUUUACAGAAGGUUCAAAAGGAGCAGAUUCAGACCAAUCAUUUGUAAACCAAGAGCCUAGCGUAUCACAUACUAUUCAGGAGACAUCACAGUCUUCAUUAUCGUCAUGUUAUGUCUCCAACAGCGACAAAGACGACGAACCGUGUUCUCUAGAAACGAGAAGAGUGUUGAGUCGGACACAAACCAAUGAAAAUGUUGCUGUAACUACUGAAGAGAGCUCGACUAGAAAACGCAAAAGAAACCCAAAAGAUUGGAAAAGAAACAAGCAGAAAAAACUAAGAAUGAUGGAAAAGAAUUCGAGAACCGAGCUGGAAGGAAAAUACCUGCUAAAACGCUGACACCAGUCAACUGCAAAUGUCAUUAUAAAUGCAAUGAUAAAAUAUC